GUUUGUUGAUAGAUCAUGUUAACAGAUGAACAAUUCCGUAGUCCCUCUGUCGUUGGAAGCACACAUCUUCCUUUCUCUCACCACGCUCGACCGCCCCCCCGCUCUCGUACGACCCCACCUCAGCUUCCGCAGAAACUUGCUGCCUGGCGGCGAGACUUUCUGUUGCCCACCAUUCGAUCUCAGCUCCAUCCUUACAAGAUACAGUCUGAGACACUACGAGACCAAGAUUAUUCCAGGAUCAGAGAGGAGUUCAAUGAAAGGCGUCAAGACAUAGAACGAAUCAUCGGUACCCUGGUCGACUGUAAUAUCAAGAGGGAGACAGAGAAAUUCAUACAUUAUCCGGGUUUUCCCAAAAAUUGGAUUCCUCCUGACGAAAUUGAUGUGGCUUUUGACCCGCCUCAGUGGUGUUAUGAUAGCAACAACUUGUAUGAGAAUAAAAAUGACUCAGAUCAAGUUCAUGAAAAUAAUAACAAUACACUCAGUCGGGAUCAAAUGGAUGCAUUGGUAGCGCACUUGGAUAAACAAGAAGCGCAACUCAAGGAACAACAAGUACAACUUCAAGCUGAAAAGGAGCUUAUUGAUACCAGGUACAAUAAGCUGCUCCAAAAGAAAGCUGAAGUCGAAGACCUGGAAAGGAAAGUAGAGAUGUUACAUGAUAUCCAGCGCGAAGAAAGAAUUCUUCUGGAUAUGAGGAAAAAGGAACUCGAGGCUCAAAAGGAUGCGCAGUGGGAAAAUGGAAAAGAUAUCAGGCGCAAGGAGCUCACAGUUCUGGAGCAUGAAAAAGAGCUUCAGAUCAAAGAGCAAAAGAUGAUAUUCCAGGACACUGCUCUGCAACAGAAGCUCUCGAGACUCCAACAAAGAGAGGAAGCAGUUUGGGAAAGGGAGGGUAGGGUAAAGACAAGAGAAGAGGAUGUGAAGCUCAAAUAUUGUGCAGUUAAGGAGUACCAAGGAGAGCUUGAUCACACAGAAAAGGAGAGGCAGAAGCAGGCAGAGAAAAUCCUGAGGCAAGCAGAGAGGAAGAUGAAACAAGUAGAGGAGGACUCGAAGCUGGUGGAAGAGGAGUCGAAUCUGGUAGAAGAGCAGGUUAAGCUAGUAGAAGAGCAGUCUAGAGAAGUGGAAGAGAAGUCAAAGAAAAUGGAGGAGAAGAUGAAGGAAGCAGAGGAGAAGAUGAAACACGCGGAGGCAAGGUCAAAAGAGGUUGAUUUGAAGCUCGAAAUGUGUUCAGAGUCACUUUCAAAGCACAGUGCAAUGCUCACCGGGAAGGAAAACUAUCUACAGGGGCAGGAAAAGGGUCUUGCUCAGGAGAAAACACAUUUGGAGGAACAGAAACGUAUUUUCGAAAAGGAGAAAGCCAAUUUUCAUCAGGAACAGAAACAACUACAAAUCUCCCAGGCGACAUUAAUGACCUGGAGAAAGGAAACUGCUGCCAGGAGUUUUGCUAUUCACAUCAAAGAGCAAAAUUUUAUCAGAAAGGAUGAAGCAUGGAAUAAAAGGGACAUUGAACUCAAAAUUGGGCAGAAGGAAUUGCAAAAACAACUAGAUAAUAUUUUGGAAAAGAACAGGUGGUUGGAUGAAGAGCUAAAGAAGAUCCAUGACUUGCAGGGCCAGCUGCAGAUUGAUAAAGAGAAGAUUGGUUUGUUGGAGUCACAAGUACAAGCAAAGGAAAAGGAGGUCAGGGACUCAGAAUCAAUACUUCAGACAGUCAAGAAAAAUAUUGCAAGUGGUUUGGAAAAAUUGGGCACCUUUGAUGGUUCAAGAGUAACUGCAGUGAAUGAGAUAAACACGACAUCAGCAAAAUUCAUGGAACAAUCAAGUAAUUUCUCCCUCAAUGCGGAGUCAAUCGUCAUGGUGGGGCAGUUAAAGGAUUUGUACUCGAAUCUGGUGCAUGAUUUGAAUCAGAAAACCGGGCAUAGCAGAUCUUGA